AGGAGUGGGUUGUGUGGGUUGGUGUGGGUGGCAGGAGGAGCAUGAGGGCGUGGGUGUGGGAUGGGCGCACUACUUCCAGCAACAUUUCGUCACCUGCAUUACGUCCCAUCGCCCCAGCGUUACACUCUCAGCCUUUUCUUUGAGCGUCCCCGCCAGUGGUCGGUGUAGCCAAGGCGGCACACGACGAGGAGAAGCCAUCCCAUAAGAGGACAACGUUGGUAAUCUUCACUUUCCUGCUAAAGAUUGUUCAUUUACAUUAAAAUGACUCAGCAAAAACAAGUGAAGAAGUCUUGGUGCUGCGGGUGCUUCGGCUGGCUCUUCGCCAGGCGGAAGCGCCGCAGCCCCUCCGAGGAACCUGACGACAUCGUCGAGGAAACCGAAAACGCGGGUGCCCAGGCCGAUGCAGGGCAACAGGCCCUGGUCUGCCUGAAGAAGGCUGCUCAGCCUCUCGCAGUGGUGGAGGAGGAGAUCCCCUCCGACACCCUGCUGGAUGCUGAUGGGGUGGUGGGGAAGGGCGAAAAGGAGGCCACUGGCAGGAGGCGUCAGACUCUCAUCAUCACAAUCCACUUGGUGAAGAGAGAGAAGGUCCAGAAGCCAGUGGAUGAUACAACAGUCGCACAAAAAGACUGCACGCAAUUGGAGAGCCAUGGCAAGAGGGUUCAAACUCUCGUAAUUACUCUGCACAUGGUCAAGAGAGAGAAAAUAAAGGAGGUAUACGAUGAGCUCCCUUUAAAGCACCGAGGCACGGCUGGGGACGCUCCUUCCAGCAGGAGCAAGGCCGUUACCGGCCCACCGGAAAAGAUGCCCCUUAUCAGCAGCUUCAAACAGCGGGACGCAUCUCAAACACCGGUCAAGAAAAUGAUCAGGUUCAACUUCCAAAACCUGAACACUUUCGUCAAAAUUCGUGAGCUGUACUGUGCCUACGACUACUUCAAAUAUGGCUUCCCUCUCUCCAGCAUUCGUCCUGAGCUGAAAAGCUUAAAGGAGAGAGCAGUGGAGCCACAGGAAGAGCCAGCAAAGGAAGCAGUAAACAAACUGCCAGAGGCUAAGAAAACAGUAACAGAGGAAGCAACAGAUUCAGCCAACAAAAUCAAUGAGCCACAACAUCUCACAGGGAUCCUCAAGAAAGGAAAGACGGCCAGCACCGCUCAUAAAUGUGUGCGCUUUAACUUCCAGAACCUGAACACUUUCGUCAAGGAUCGUGAGCUGUACUGUGGCUACGAAUACUUCCAGUAUGGCUUCCCUCUCUCCAGCAUUCGUCCUGAGCUGGAAAGCCUAAAGGAGAGAGCAGUGGAGCCACAGGAAGAGCCACCAAAGGAAGCAGUAAACAAACUGCCAGAGGCUCAGAAAACAGUAACAGAGGAAGCAACAGAUGCAGACAACAAAAUCAAUGAGCCACAACAUCUCACAGGGAUCCUCAAGAAAGGAAAGACGGCCAGCACCGCUCAUAAAUGUGUGCGCUUUAACUUCCAGAACCUGAACACUUUCGUCAAGGAUCGUGAACUGUACUGUGGCUACGACUACUUCAGGUAUGGCUUCCCUCUCUCCAGCAUUCGUCCUGAGCUGGAAAGGCGAAAGGAGAGAACAGUGAAGCCACAGAAAGGGUCAGCAAAGGACGCGGUAAAGAAAAACAACACACGACACCAGCAAACAGUUGGAGCAACUCGCUGUGCAGAAAUGAAUACCACUACUGAAGGGAAGUCUCCUAAAGGUAUCCUGAAGAAAGAAAAGAUGCCACGGUCCACCUGUCCAGGACAUGUGCGCUUCAACCUUGGUAACCUCCGCGCCCCCGUUAAGGAACGUGAGGUGUACCGUGGCCACGACACCUUCAGAUACGCCGCGCCGCUCCAAGUCACUCAGCCUCCCAACUUUACCUCGAGGCCUCACCAGCAGCCCGUUAGAUCCGCCUCUACCUCGCUGCGUGGCGCACCUCGGCACCUCGAGAGGCCGACACAGCGGAGCAACGACUCCUUCCAGCAAAACAGUGGCUGGUAUGCUGCACACAACUACACCAACAGCCGCCACUCACAGCACCGCCAGCACAACGGCAGCAGCCACGUCCCGCCAAGAUACGAAACAAGGCAUUUCUACGAGGGACAGACACAUCGGGGCACCAACUCCCGCAGCAGAAGUCGUGCCAAGAGAGGCGCAAAGCCGAGUGGUGGCGAGUUUCUGUGAGCACCGGGCGAGUACACAGCGUCGUGAUCAAACUCAAAUGUUCAGCGACGUACAGGUGACGUACAUUCCGGGUGCAUUUCUCAACACCCGCUGAACAGUAACUGUCGCUGACCGGUGAUAACAGAGACUGAGGAGUGCCAAGAAGCACCACAAACACACUGAGAGGAACGGCUCGCCAGCUGACUAAAAUCACCAUGCAGAGGAACGCAUCCCAUGGAACGGUGCCACUUCUACGGAACAAAUUGUUCAAGAGUGUCGCAUCUGUGGGGAGUGUUUGGACGCAUGUGUGUGCUUACAUUU